UCUGGCCGCUCGUCCAUCAUUGUUCGUGCGAGUGUGUGUGUGUUCAAUACACGGACGGAGUGUUGGUGGCCGUCGGCGGCGAGUGAGCGUGUCGGCGAGCAAAGCGCGGUGUCGAAUCGUUCGGUGAGGAGACGUGAGCGCCUGGCCGACAUGACAUGGCCGCACAAGUGAUUCUGCCCAGCAGGUGAGCCGAGCCGAAGCACCUCCGACAGCGAAACAUGGCCGACAAGCAACAGAAACAGCCGACGAGCAGCAGCAGCAGCAGUCGCACCACCAGCGAGACCCUUCGACUGUCGACGUCGUCGGCCUCGUUGGCGACCGACGCUGAGCAACAGCGGCCCACCAAGGGCCCCAAGAAGGGCCCAUCCUUCCAAAUCACCAGCGUCACGCGCGUGACCAGUACGGACGCCGGCGACGACUCCGCUGACGACCUAGACACGGAGUCGCGAGCCACCGACCUCGACUCCUUCUCCGAGGACGCGUCCUUCUCCAGGGACGAUAUUUUCGCCGCCUUCGGACAGGGCGCGGUCGCCGCCCCCGUCAUACCAACCAGCGCCCAGUACGGCCUGGCGCUGGUGGCUCCGUCGUCCGCUGACUCGCCCCAUGAGGCUAAGGACGCCCCUGAUCAUAAGGACCAACCCUGUAAAAACGACAGAUUCAAGGUGGUAAAAAUUGAGAGCACGGAGCCGUUUAAACGCGGGCGGUGGACAUGUAUGGACUUCCUGGACCACAAUAUGGCCCAGCCGUCAGCAAGUGAGGAGCCAGCUCCUGAAGAGGCAGAAGUGGAGGCGGCCACGGCUGCCAGGCCUCCUCCGCAGCACCUACAAGAGCCGGUGCGUUCCACUCCCCCGCCCCAGCAGCCGCAACAGCCGUUCAUCAAGCCGUUACAGCCGCAGCCGCAGAGUUUUAUUCAACAACCGCAAUCCACUGGCUACGUGGCGCAACCCCAGCCUGUGGCUUUCCAGCCACAGCAGCCGCCUCAGCAAAUGCAGGGCUACGUGCAACAACCAAUUUCGCAGCCGUCAAGUUUUGCCACAAACCCCAUGCAGCCUAUCGUCCAGCCGCAACAACCCCAGCAGUUUGUACAGACCCAACCACAAGCGCAACCCCAACAGCAAACUGGGUACGUGCAGCAGCCGACGCAGCCACCAAAGGCAAUGUCACAACCGGCGGGUUUCAUCAGUCAGCAGCAACAGCAGAUGCAGCAGCAAAUGCAGCCGCAACAGCAGAUUCAACCGCAACAACAGAUACAACCACAACAGCAAAUUCAACCACAACAAAUUCAACCACAACAGCAGAUCCAGCCGCAACAGCAAAUCCAGCCGCAACAACAGAUCCAACCACAACAACAGAUUCAGCAACAGAUCCAGCCCCAGCAGCAGAUUCAGCCACAACAGCAAAUCCAGCCGCAACAGCAAAUCCAGCAGCAGCAGAUGCAGCCGCAACAACAAAUGCAGCAGCAGCAAACCAAUUUCCAGCCGGUGAUGAUGCAGCAGCCACAAGGACAGCCUGCAACUCAGCCUUCAGCUUUCCAGCCACAAAUGCAACAGCAGUUUGUGCAACCAAAACAACCUGAUGGCUUCAUCCAGCAAAACGGAGCACAACCGCAAUACCAGCAGCAGCAAGCCAUGCCACAGUCGGCUGGCUACGUGGCUGCCCAGCCAUCUCAGCCGCAGGUGACGUACGUGCAAGCCGACUUCCAGCAAAUGAUGCAGAACCAACAGCCGCAACCCGGAUACCAACCUGUGUACCAACAACCUCCGCAGCAGCCAAAACAGCCGGCGAUGCAGCCACAAAUGCAGCCCAUCCAGUUUGUGCCACAGACCUCAAUGGCUAGCACGUUUACGCAACAGCCGUAUCAGGAGUACAUGGUGCAGGCUCCGCAGCCGCAGUACCAGCCGCAACCGAUUCAAAUCCCCAUGCAGCAGCAACUACCACCGCAGCCGCAGGUGAUCCAGCCGCCACCCCAAAUGGUGCCCACAAGUAUCCCGGCCACUUUCCAGCCGCAAAUGCAAUCUCAGCCGCAAGCCGUCAUGCAGCAACUGCAAGCGACAUCUGCGGCGCCUCAGCCGAGCGCCCAGCCGCAGCCACAGGUUACGCCCCCACAGCCACAAAUGCAGGCCAAGCCGUUGGCAAAGCAGCCGCAGGUGAUGGUGCAGAGCAACGGCCCCACCACGCCCUAUCCCUACGUUAACGGACCCCUAAACGGGCCUCUUCACGAGCAGGCCCAGCCAUCGGCCGAGCCGCCCCAGCCUCAGGAAACUCCAGUUGCGGCUGCGUCCAUCAUCGGUGGCGAACUCUCCUCGGAGGACCUGGCCGGCAAGGAUCACCACGCUGACGAGUCUGAAAGUUGGUUGGCGCGCGCGUUAGCGGCGGCCUCUUCCCGCGCUGGAGACCUCCUGCUGUCGCACCGACCUUCGUCGGGGGCACCGAGGGCACCCGCCCAGCAGCCCCCGCGCCACGGUCGCUCUUCCUCGCCGCGCGACCCCAGCAGCAGCAGUGCCUCUGGGACCAGUGCAGUCGCCAUCGACAACAAAAUCGAGCAGGCCAUGGAUCUGGUGAAGAGCCACCUGAUGUUCGCGGUGCGCGAGGAGGUGGAGGUGCUGAAAGAGAAAAUCGUCGAACUGACUGGCCGAAUCAACCAGCUCGAGUACGAGAACACGGUGCUCAAGGCGAGCGCCUCUCCGGAGACGCUGCAGCAGCUGAGCAAGGCGCAGCAGGCCACGUGAAGCGGCCGGCCCGUCCGUCAAGAUUCGGCGCGGCCCGGACUUGAUGCAUUUUUCCAGUGAUAAAAUGACACUAUUUAGCGACUGUGCGCCGGACGAGUUUUAGUUCUACGAUGACCACGCGCGCGCCCCGUCCGACCGAUGGCCUCGGGAGACGCCGGCUGCCUCCCGGACGGCGCCGGACAGGCCGCCGCGCGAACCGCCCGUCUGAUCGAAGAAUAUGAAUCUGUGAUUACGUAGGAAAUUACAUUUGCGAGAUACGAGAAUAAAAUUUGAGAGAGAAAAGAAACACUCGCUGUAUACUGGACGAGACGAAGCAGUAAAUUAGUUGAGAGUAACAUAAUUAUGUAAUUGAUGAUCAGUUUAAUUAUUAAAAUAUCCACAUUUGUUUGUAAGUGUCGCGUUUGUUGUACGAGUGCGUCGUUCGUUGUGCCAUUGUCCUCUGCGAUUGAUGAUGCGAGAGUUGGGAUGAUUGAAGCAGACCCUUCCAAAUGUCUGGAGUAUACUUGAGUAAAAUAUUUUUUGCUUACGUAAUUAAACUUAAAAAUCACGCUGUCCUUUGAUUUGCGACUCAAAACCUUUUCACUAUGUGCAGAUUACGGUUUAAGCGAAAUCCAAUAAAGAUGCUCAUCAAAUUUAAA